AUGUUGAACUUUCUGAUUUUAAUUGCGGCAUACCAAAUUCUUAAUUUAAAUUAUAAAAAUGAAAAGCAUGACAUGGUUGUCCGUAUUUGUUCCAUUUUGAACACCUUCAUGAACAACGACGAAACUGAAGACGACGAAGAGGAAGAUAACGUAUCAGAUAUAGACGAAGAAGACGAAAGACAAAAGGAACAAAAAAGACAACUGGAAGACAAAAAAGAAAACUGA